AUGACAGGCCAUGACAUCCCCGGGCGGCCUUGUCAUACGUACCCUACCCUUGUCAUUCGGGACAGCUGGACAAUCGAGAAGAAAAAGAUACCCCGCGGAAACAUUUCAAGAGAAGACGCGAGUUGGGGGAAAGGCGAGAAAGAUUGA